AAAGGACUGGCCCCACAGGAGCUAUAGGGCAACCCCACAAGACCAUCCAGACGACACUGGACUCGAUUCAUCCCCCGAUCCCAAUGCGCCCUUCUUUAUCUACCCACUAAUUUCGCCACUCUGCCAAUUGGAUUUCCGUUUGGUCGCCGAGAAAGUUCUGGAGAAGAGAAGAAAUUCAAAUUCCGAAUCUCGAUCUUUCGCUGUUCGAUAUUAUAAUUUGGUUUGGUCGAGGGAAGGUGUUCUGUUUUCAAGCUACAACCAAAGUAUACAAAGCCUGGUUCUGCACAAGGAAUGACUUCCUGCAAUUUAUUUUGAUUCCCCUCAUUCUUUCUAUAAUGUCCGGGCUGCUUAAUGUAUUUCCUCUUCUUUCCUCCAGAUAUUAAAUCAUUCUAUGAUGCAGAAUUCUGGCAAUAUCUCUUCUUUUUAACACAAGGCACUGAAUUUGGAUGGAACCUAGCAAUUCUGUUCCACCGGUUUCUUUUUUAUCAGGACUCAAUGGAUCAAGUUCAAAUCUUCCAGAUACUACAGGAAGAUCUUUUACAACUUCUUUUUCUGCCCAAUCUGGUUCAGCUGCUGCUUUUAAUCAUCUUGGGACCAUACAAGGGCUACAUAAUAUUCAUGGGAGUUUUAACAUUCCCAACAUGCCAGGCUCCCUUGCAUCAAGAAAUUCUACAAUAAAUGGUGGGCAUCCUGGUGGUAUUCAACAGCCUACAGGAAGCCUAUCUAAUGGGCGAUUUCCAAUAAACCAUCUUCCCACUGCUCUUUCUCAGCUAUCACAUGCUAGCUCCCAUGGACAUCCAGGGGUCACAAAUAGAGGAGGAUCAGGGGUAUCUCCAAUGUUAGGGAACACUGGUCCACGAAUUACAAGCUCGAUAGGUAACCUGGCUGGCGGGGGCAACAUUGGAAGGAGUUUAAGCUCUGGUGGAGGAUUGGCUAUGCCUGGCCUUGCAUCUCACCUAAGUUUAAUUAGUAAUGGAUCUGGGAAUAUGGGUAUACAAGGAUCUAACAGAUUAAUGGGUGGCGUUCUUUCACAAGCACCACAGGUGAUAUCUAUGCUUGGAAAUUCUUAUUCUUCUGUGGGAGGGCUACGAUCUCAAAACCAAGUCCAAGCAGGGAAUAAUCAUUUAACUUCCAUGGCAUUACUAAAGGAUUUGAGUGUCCAUGAGAAUGCUCCUUUUGACAUAAAUGAUUUUCCUCAACUGACCGCUCACCCUAAUUCUGCUGGUAGUUCUCAAGGACAGCUGGGUUCUCUGAGGAAGCAAAGUGUUGGAGUUGUCCAUCAAAACCAAGAAUUCAGCAUCCAGAAUGAAGAUUUUCCUGCAUUACCUGGAUUUAAAGGUGGAAAUACUGACUUUCCUGUGGACUCUCACCGGAAAGAACAACUUCAUGAUAGUGCUGUGUCUAUGAUGCAAUCUCAGCAUUUUCCUAUGGGAAGGUCUGGUGGAUUUAACUUAGGUGUCCCAUAUUCAUCUCAUCUUCAGCAGCAACAACAACAUGCUUCAUCGGUUGGAAGCGGUGGACCACCUUCCAUUGGUCUGAGACCUAUGAACUCAUCUAAUACAAUAUCUGGUGUAGGACCAUAUGAUCAACUCAUUCAGCAGUAUCAACAGCUUCAGAGCCAGUCUCAAUUUCGCAUGGGGCAAAUUUCAGCGGUUGGUCCACAUGGAGACCAGGACCUGAAGUCACAAUCACCAGAACCUGUCAUUGAUGAGUUUGGUUUGCGUGGUUUGUUAAAGGUCAUAAGGAUGAAUAAUCCAGACUUGACCUCCCUUGCUUUGGGAAUUGAUCUUACAACACUGGGUUUGAAUUUGAAUGCUUCAGACGAUCUUCACAAAAGGUUUGCCUCUCCAUGGGCUGAAGAACCUCACAAGGGGGAGCCCCAAUACAGUAUCCCAGAAUGUUAUUAUGCUAAACAGCCGCCUGUGCUUAAUCAAGCCCAUUUUGCAAAACUACAUCUGGAGACAUUAUUUUAUAUCUUUUACAGCAUGCCGAGAGAAGAGGCACAGCUAUAUGCAGCACAUGAACUGCAUGCUAGAGGAUGGUUCUACCACAAGGAGCAGCGGCUGUGGCUGACUAGGAAUGCAAGCAUGAAGCCCCUUGUCGAGACAAACUCGUAUGAGAGAGGAUCCUACCUUUGUUUUGAUCCCAACACGUGGGAGACAGCUUGCAAGGAUAACUUCAUCCUUCAGUUUGAAAUGAUCGAGAAAAAACCUGACCUCCCUCAGCAUUAGCGCAAUGCAUUUCCUUUUCUUCUCUUUCUUAAUUUUGAAGUUUAUAAAUAGGUUUCUUGAGGGAUUUUUCUUUCUUUUUUUUUUUUUUGAGUUGAAAAUUUCAGUCAUCCUGUAGGGACUGCAGCAAGAAUAAGGAACUCAAAAGUUUUAAAUGUUGGCAGAAUUAUAUGGUAUCCUUAGCUUGACACUA